UUUCGCAAAAUGUCAAACGGUCCAAAUUUAUAAUAUGUUGCUUUAUAUUUCACAAUAGUUGUAAAAUUUAAUUAGUCACAGUUCCAGUUACUAUAUUCUUAUCAAUAUGUUAUUCCAAGCGUAACACCGUGACGUUACCAUUUAUUGCAUACGCUUAAUCCAACACGAUUAUCGUAGAGUCGAGACUGUUUGAACAGUUGCUGAAAACAUUAUUGUUAUCGUUAUUUACGUCAUAGUAAAUAAUUUGGCAGUGUUCCCUUGUUGUGUUACGUUUUUGUUGACUCACAAGCGCUUGAAUCGCCGAGCCAGUGACUGGGGACCGCUUCGACCUUGAACCUAUAACAGCUGUUUUGAGCAUGGAUUCGUUCUUUAGUCUGUUCGACCCGUCGGACGGCAACCAGAGCAAGACCAGGAGGAAACAGCACAAACCCGAUCAGGACAACGUUAAGAAGAAACUAGACCCGCCCAAGGGCAGGCGAAGAGGCAGGAAGACCCAGGGCAAGAAUGAGACGCUGCCCGAGGAGUCCUCAUUCCUCUGCGAGCCCGAACUGAGCGCGGAGCUCCUCAUGAAAGAGGGCAGCUACUUCGAGAGCUACAUCGAGCUCAAGAAGGAAGACCCCAAAGCGGACGAGAAGAAGCCGAAGAGACGCAACUCGGGCCGCAAGAAUCGCAGACGGAAAAAGAUGGAGGGUAACGAGAAGGAGAAGCCUCCAGACGAGGCUGAUGAUAAUAACAUGAACUGGGAGACAGUCUCACGUAAACGUAACUUGGAUUUGUCACCGACCAAGCUGGAGCCUUCUCCUAAAAAAAUUGUAAUCGACCCGUCAGAGGCCGGCAAUCAAUCGGGUAAUACAAUUAAUACAGUGGAGUCUAACAACAGUAGUGUGGUUGAGUUAAACAAAAAUGAUCCAGCCGAGACAAGUCAAAUUAAUACAGUUCAUUUAAACAAAAAUAAUUCAGACGAGUUCAACCCACAUUUAUACAAACACCCCAGUCUAGACAGCAAAUACCGAGAGUACAAUGCCGAAGAUGAUGGACCAUUUAUCGUUCAUGUCUCUAGAGAGUCUGCACCAUCUUCCAAUGCUUCUCUAAAACCCAUCAAUGUAGGCCUUUUGCUUACUCAAGCAAAUGUUCAUAAUAUCCAGAAAGAAGGUGGUAUUAAAUCAGUAGGUCGCAACAGAGUAGCAGUAACCUUCUCCACAGCAGCUGAUGCAAACAGUUUCUUAAAACACCCGCUACUAGACAAACAUAAGUUUAUAGCUGAUAUUCCUUCAUACCAUGUGUCGCGUAUGGGAGUUGUGCGAGGAGUUCCUUCGGAUUGGUCGAUGGAGGAUGGAGGAUGGAUUAGUCAACGGCACAAACCUCAAAGAAGACACUUUGCUACAGAAAAAGUAUGCAAUGAAUAUGGUCGGCAAAAGGCCAUUAAACUUGCCAUGUCUGAACAGAAUAUCUCAUACGCAGAAGCAGCAGCACAGUUCUCAGCGGUUCGCAGGCCAUAUUCAGAUGUAGCAAGAGUCAUGUUUGAGCCGGUUACAGACUCUUCACGAUCCUCCCAGUCCCCAUGCCACCCUGAUACUUUCAUGCCAACCCCUCCGUCCACCACUUCAUAUCAGGAAAGUAUGAAAGAGUGGGACACGAGCGAAAUGGGUCAAGAUGAAAAAUAUUUAAAAUUUAAAAAUGUGUUAAUAGAGUCCGCCGAUAAAUUUAUCCCAAAAAAGAAACCUGCUAGACUUAAAAUCCCUUCACCCCCGUGGUGGAACGCAGACUGUACGGCAGCCGUUAAGGAAAGAGAUGCCGCUGAAAAAACUUUCAGCAAUACCGGAAAUCUAGAUGACUACAUUUCUUUUAAAAAAAUCUCUGCACGUACAAAGCGCUUCCUAGCAAAGGCUAAAAAGAGAGGAUGGAAGGGAUUCUGCGAGAGCUUAUCUCCUAGAACCCCUCCAUCACUUGUAUGGCGGAACAUAAAGAGGUUCAGGGGUUCAUUUCAACCAGAGUCUAUGCCCACCACAGAUGCUCCUUGGCUGUCAGACUUUGCAGAUAGACUUGCCCCGUCAACUGUCCCUGAAGCAUCCUGCUUGUUACUUCCCCCGCUGUCAGGCACCUUGAGCUCACUGGACAUGCCUUUCUCAUAUUCAGAACUCAGUCUAGUGCUUAGUGGAUUGAGAAAUACUACACCUGGAGAGGAUGGCAUACCAUACUGUUUCCUGUCUAAGCUAAAUUCAUCUUCACAGGAGUAUCUGCUCGGUAUUCUAAACCAUGCCUUUGACACGGGAGAGAUCGCAGUUGACUGGAAGACCCAAUAUGCUGAUGACCUAGUCCUAUACACAUCAACAAAGUCAAUGGACAAAGCCACUGCUAGUCUGAACACAGCUUUGGGUUACCUCAAGGAUUGGCUUGAUGAACAUGGUGCUAUGCUUCCCUCUCCCAAAAAUGGCAUGCAGGUGGAAGGUGUUGAACCGCCGUUGUCUCUACGCAGACAAUACCUAGCCGACAGGUUCUUGAUCAAAGCCAGCUCUUACAACAACCACUUGCUGCUUCCACGCUUGCAGGCGCUGGCACUGGAGGUGUCGCCAGCCAAAGAGGAGUUGUCGUGGAAUAGCACGACGUCCACGCCGCCCGCGAGCGACGCCGACAAGGUCAACGACCUGCGCGACUACGGCGGCGGCGUGCACGGCGUCAUUGACAAGCUGGAGAAGGUGAUCCUGAAGGACGACACGUACCUCGCGGGCGAGUUCAACGCGGAGGACCUCCACAACGAGCCGUGGUACAGCUCCGACGACUUCGACGAGAGCCUCGACGACGACACUAACUCGGAGUCCGAGGACAGCGGGAGCGAGGCGCACGGCAGCCUGCCCCCGGAGCCCCGCUUCGGGAACGUGGAGUACAAGCUGCAGCUGGUGGCGCCCUGCGAGCGGCGCUUCCAGCACUUAGUCACGCAGCUAAAGUGGCGCCUCCGUUCGGGCGGCGGCGCGGCGGUGUACCUGGUGGGCGUGCGCGACUGCGGCGCGCUGCGGGGGCUGCGCGCGCGCAACCUGCGCGGCUCCCUGCACACGCUGCGCCGCAUGGCCGCCGCCCUAGGGGCCACCCUGCACCACGUGACCGCCCGCCGGGUGCGGCAGCACCGGGCCGUCGCCGAGGUGUACAUCAGGAAGUUGGCGGAUACACAACAGAGUGUGGAGCUGAGAGUGGCGGUGAUGGGCGCCAACGAGGCCGGCAAGUCUACGCUAAUAGGAGUCCUCACUCAAGGUGAACUCGACAACGGGCGGGGGAGCGCCCGUCUCAACAUGUUCCGCCAUCUGCACGAAGUGAAAAGUGGCCGCACUUCGUCAUUGAGCCACGAGAUACUCGGAUUCGAUGCUCAGGGUAACGUGGUAAACUACGGCUGCUCGGAACUGAUGACCGCAGAAAGGAUAGGCGAGCGGAGCGCCAAGCUGGUCUCGUUCCUCGACCUCGCCGGACACAGCAAGUACCAGCGCACCACGCUACACGGCCUGACCGGGUACUGCCCGCACUACGCCAUGCUUGUCAUCUCAGCGACGGCCGGCAUCACCCGCAUCACCGAGGAGCACAUAGGGCUGCUGCUGGCGCUCGCGCUGCCGUUCUUCUGCGUGGUCAGCAAGUGCGAGCUGGCGGCCGUGCAGCCGCUGCUGACGCGGCUGCAGGGCAUACUGGCCGCCGCCAACAAGAAACCACUCCUGAUUACUGACGAGAACAUGGCCCGCAACUGCGUGGGCCCGCAGAGGCUGAUACUUGACACCAUCGACGGUGUCGACCAUCCGGACGACAAUGACGAUGAGCCGACGACGGAGCAGAUCCCGGUGUUCCCGGUGAGCUGCGUGAAGGGCGCCGGGCUGAACGCGCUGCACGCCUACCUGCUCGCGCUGCAGCCGCCCGCCACCGAACUGCCUCCACCAGACCACGAGACGUGCGAGUUCCAAAUUGACGAGAUCUUCCACGUCGGCGACUCGCUGGGGCCCGUCGUGGGCGGGCUGCUGGCGCGCGGCACGCUGUACGAGGGAGACAACCUCAUCAUAGGCCCCCUGGACACGGGGGAGUUCGUGCCCAUCUCCGUGAAGAGCAUCUACCGGAACCGCGUGCCGUGCGGCCGCGUGCGCGCCGGGCAGUCGGCCUCGCUCGGCCUCGCGGGCCACACGCCCGGCCUCCGCCCCGGCAUGGUGCUGCUCGCGGCCCCCGAGCCGAGGCAAGGCCAGAGGCCGACGUUUGGCGGGUGCCCGCCGGGGAAGUGUAAAAGGAGUAAGAAGGUCAACGAGAUCCUACAAAACCAGCCGAAACACAAGAAGCAUAAAAACCGCAACGUCUAUCAAGAGCUCGCCAACGCGGAGCUGUCCCUCACGAAGGACGCGUCCUACACACAGGACAUGUCCUACACACAGGACAAUAUGCCCUACACAAAGGACAAUAUGUCCUACACACAGGACACGUACGUGUCCGACGAGGAGUGCACGUGCCGCGACGAGGUGCUGCUCGAGGACCCGAGCGACCCGCGGGGCUGCAUGUACUUCCAGGCCACUAUACACGUGCUGCGGCACUCCACGGCCAUCUCGCCCGGGUUCCAGUGCACCGUGCACGUCGGGAACGUGCGCCAGACCGCCAUCAUCGAGGGAAUAAUGUCACACGACGCGUCGCUCCGCUGCGGCGAGUCUGCGCCGGCGCUGUUCCGGUUCCUGCGCUGCCCGGAGCACCUGGUGCGCGGGCGCAGGCUGCUGCUGGCGGCCGGCGGCGGCACCAGGGCGAUCGGUCGCGUCACGCAGAUCUUUCCCUACGUACCGUGAAUAACACCCCUCCUUAUUCGGAUUUAAUCCAAAUGGUUCAUAAAUUUGACCAUUCAGUCAUGACACUUAAAUUAUAGUCCGUCAAACAACAAUGUCAAUAGAAAAGACGCGAAAUUCAAAUUAGGGACGAUAACCCUUCGCGCCUACAUUUUUUAUAUCCUCCUAAGGCCUAGCCAUACAGAUGAAAAAUCCAGAAAUUUGAACCUUUAGUGCAGGGAAUACAGUUGAUUUUGGUUUUGUUUGAAAAUUGAGCGAAACAAAAGAAAUGCGACUCUGUUCCAAUUUAAAUUUCAUCUAACUGAAUAAGUACUAUAGGUAGGACCUUGGGCCUUAAGAGGCUGUUUGCCUUUUUUUUCUACUGACGGAAAUGGCUUGACAGACUCAGUUUUGUUACUAGUGAAAACAUUAAAAUCCUGUGCAUACCGGGUGCGUGUACGGGCGCGUUGUAAUAUACAGUUUAGUAUAAGAGACGACACACCGCUUGCGUGACGUGUGCGUGCACGGCUCCGACAUAUUUGCGCACGUGUACGUCUGCGCACACGCAGCCGGUGUGCACUGGCCUAAAACCUUUUAAAAGGAAACUUAAAGUAAACCACCCAAUUCAUAUAAUGGCUUAUACCCGAGCUAUGUACUUAUUUUUAUAUUACUACAAUUAUAGUCUGUAUCUUUAGGUAUUUAAAUAAAAGUAAACAAAUAAUUUGUAAUUUUUCAGGUAGUUAUAACAUUUAUUGGUUAACCGACCAAAUACAAAACCACCUUGAUCAGUCACUGAACGACCUGACUUAAACCUACAUUACUUGAUCGUGUAAUGUUUUCAUCUACCCCAAGGCCCCUACGCUUUCUGUUCUCUUUGACGGCGCAGCAACUAGUAUCAUUUCUCUCUCCUCGCUAUUUUAAAAAUGCCAUUUGUCAAAAAAGGACAACCAUACUGUUGACAAGGUGAACUUCAAAUCAAGUGUUGCCUUUUUUGAUGCAUCCAGGCUGUGUAUGUGUGCGUAAAAACGUGUAUGUGUGCUCUUUUAGGGAUGUGAAAAGUCGAUUUUAAUCAUGUUAUAUAUCGAUAAAUGCUACACAGCGGAACAAAAUAGCUAUUAAUUGAAGCUUCAAUAUCUUCGUUAAACAUAUACAUAAUUGAAAUGCUAAUGAAUAAUAAAUAUAUUAGAAUAUAAUAAAUUAUUUCAAUUAUUGCGGAACACAUAUCUUAGUAGGUAUUUAUGUAUUUUAAUUAAAUAUCUGAACUUUCACUUGGUUCCCUGCUGGGGCGUGACGAUAAAAUUGUGAUCUGAUAACCACAAUAAAGAAUAAAAGCGUUUCUGUUCAUUUUAGAUAUCGUCAAACCUUUGAAGUAAAAUUAAAAUUGCAAGAAAUGUCGAUAGUUUUUCGAUAUGACUUUAUCGACAUGGCUACAGCAAGGUGGUGUUAAAUUGUUAAUCGUACACUAAACAAAAGUGGCAACAGUGACAGCUCUGUGAGACCGUCUCUAUAUAUUAUAAGUCUAUGAUCUACCCUUAACUGGCUUAAGGAGCCAUUUGAGGGUAGAUUUUGUUUACUCUUAUUUAAAUACCUGAAGAUACAGAGUAUACAUUAGUGUUAAUAAACUAGUUUGUUGUUUAUUAAAUACAAACAUCGAUCACUAAUGUUACUAUAAGGUCAAUGUGGCUAAUUCCGUCAUAGGGGUUACUCCGACCACUAUAGUUCAUUUUUUUAGCAUUAGAAAGAAGGUAAACAAUCUUGGCGUAGCAGCCUUGAUUAAAAAGUAUUGAAAAACGCUUUAAAAAUUAGUUUACAUUACUUAUGAAAGCAAAAUAAUGUAAAAGAUCUUGUAUGAUUUAUAAUUCUAACAUAUUUGCUGUGACUUAUUUUUCAGUGGUGAUUUUUAAUAAAAAAGACAUGUCUAGAUCGUUUACCUUCUUUGUAAUGCUAAAAAAAACGAACUAUUGCGUUUUUCUCGAACAACAUUGAUAAUUUCGUCGGCGAUUGCUUAGUUUAGUUUCAGCUAUCAAAAGCGUCUUCUCGUUUGCCUCCUAUUUCAUAAAAAAAAAUCUUUUCUUACGAUUGAAAAUCAAAGAACUCGCUCGUGGACGGAAUAGCCCCUAUGACGGAAUGAGCCACAUUGACUUUACUAAUAACCCAGUGAGACGCGAAACAUAAAAACUCUCUGAUUACCACCACAAGUUCAUAGCCAUAGUGCACCAUAUGAGUACUCAAAUAAGGUUGAAUUUUGUUUAAUAUUUUUUUUUAGUUAUUGAUCAAUAUUUUAAUUGCUUAAUAAUGUGAAAGUUUACUCAUAAAUACUCGCAUAACUUAGACUACAUUAAAAUGUUAUAUGUUUGCGGAUUAUGGAACUCGGAGCGUAGCUAGGGUUCUACACGUACCGUCCAAGGUAUAGAUUUAUUUUAGAUUGACAAUCGAAGAGAAUUUAAGAUUAUUUGUUUUUAAUUUCAUAGAAACCUUAGUGAUUGCAUUAUAAGUGGUAAAAAAGCUUUUUUUUUCUAAUUUUUUGUUAUAGGUCAUAGUAAAAAGUACAUAACUCACUAUAUUAAUGUUACAUUAAGUAAUUUUUUAUAAUGUUUGAUUUUAGGAUAAAAUACAUUUGCUGUUGUACAAUCACGUCUAAAAAUAUCGAUACGGAAAAAGUGCCAAAAAUAUGUAUACACGACCUUAUUGGUUAUUGCCUAUAUAUUGAGGUGGUGUAUACAUAUUUUUGGAACUAUUUCCGUAUCGAUAUUUUUAGACGUGAGUUUUCUUUAGGUGUAGUCACGUUUGUCAAUUUACAAGGGCAGUAUUUUAAAUGUAUUAGUUUAGUACGAUAUUGUAACAAAUUAGGGGAGACUGGGGAGAUUUGGUCACCUAAAUUAAAAACCCUUUAAUUGCCAAUAAAUAAAUACUCUCCGAAAAGUAACACAUCGCUAUACGGUUCCGUUUUUGACAACGCAGUAGAAUUAGAAUAUCCUAACUCAAUGGCAAUAAAAAUAUUCAAUAAAAUUAGUAACGAAAUAAAUAACACCAAGUCCGACAAUGAAUUCUUUAAAAAACUAAAAGAUCACUUAAUAGAAAAAGCUUACUAUACUUUAAAUGAAUUUUUUCACGACCAAUAACUGCAAUUAAUAAAGCACCUAUAUAAUAAAUAAUAUACCUACCUAAUAAACAUAUAUAAUCACUAAUAUACAUAAUCUAAUUGUACAAAAAACUCGAUCUCCUCUUGAAUAAACUGUUUGCUGUGCCCUACAGGGUGUCAUGUUGUACACAAUUCUAUGUAAUAGGUUAAGAUACAAUGUGAUAUGCAAUAAAGAUUAUGAGUAUGAGUAUGAGAAUUACUAUUUUAGAUAUAUUUAAAAAUUAUUUUCAUAUUUCAUAUUUAUUUAUUUCGUAAAUGCACGGAUACUUUACACUCAUUCAUUUUAUAAUUUAGGGAACCCAUUCUCCCUAGGAUCAAGUUUUCCCAUUUCCCCUGUAAUUUGUGCUAGUUCCCAUAAACAUUUGUGACGUUGUUUAUUACUGAAUCGCGAUUAGAAAGGGAUUGAGAUAGCUGUCAAUCCAUAUUGAUUUUG